GACCCACAUGAUCAUCUCCUUCCUUACUGGGCCCGAAAUCAGACGAGAUUUUACUUGCCCCACGCUUCCCUUCUUUAUUGUUUGUCUUUCCUUAUCAACACAGCUCCCAAAACCCUUUUCCCUUCCGUUCCUUAAGAUAUUUGGGUUUUCGAGUCUGUUGUCCAAUACGUCUUACUCGAAAACCCCUCCAGUGUGCGAAGUCUUUGUAGAACUUGACAAAUGCUUCCCUAUUUUCAAAUCUCAAAUGCUGCCAUGUCGAUUUGUCAUCUGGGACAACUUUAUACACCUGAUCUUCGUCAGAAUUGUCACAAGCGCCGCCUUC